AUGUCAGAGCAAAUAAAACCAUUCGACCCAAACGUUUCUCAAGAGGAGGUUGAUCGCCUGUUCAGGAAGCUCAAGGACACACGUCUGCCCGAGAUUCCAGUUGUACCAGAUGCGGGAGACGACUAUGGUCCAUCGCUGGAAUGGAUCAAUAAGCUCAAGAACUUUUGGCAGGACAAGUACUCGUGGCCAGAAGCGCAAAAGAAGAUCUCCGAAUGGCACCACUUCACCACCGAGAUCGAGAACCUGAAAGUCCACUUCAUCCACGAGAAGGCUAGGACGAGACAGAAGGAGGCCAUUCCUCUGUUACUCGUACACGGCUGGCCAGGGACGUUCCACGAAUUCCAAAACGUAAUGCACCCACUUCUCGAUCCUAAGGAUCCCAAAGCACCCGUCUUCGACCUCGUCGUCCCCUCCCUUCCUGGUUUCUGCUGGUCACAAGGCCCACCCCGCGGCUGGACUCUACAAGACACCGGGCGAAUUUUCGACGCCCUCAUGAAGCGACUCGGCUACACCUCGUACGCCGCGCAGGCAGGCGACUGGGGCCACUGGGUUGUCCGCGAACUCGGAUCCGGACGCUACAACGCAUGUAAAGCGGUACACACCAACAUGUGCCCCGGCGCUCCUCCAAAGGGUUACAAAAUGAACGCCAAAGAGCAGGCCGCCAUGGACCGCGCGAGGUGGUGGAUGGGCGAACACCUGUACGAGGGCCACAUGGGGUACGCAAUCGAGAUGCGGACGCGGCCGCAGACGAUCGGUGUCGCAUUCAACGACAACCCGGUGGGGAUCAUGAUGUUCAUCGGUGAAAAGUACGACGAGCUCGCUGACCCUACGAUCGGGACCGCAACGCUGGACAAGGAGGAGUAUGUAAACGACGUGUGUACGACGCUGUCGUUGUACUUCUUCACGCCGCCGAGCAUCAUGACAAGCAUGUUGUGCUAUUACAAUAACGUCAGGCAUGAGGUGUAUACUGAGUUCAAUGCGAAGGAUGAGAAUCUGAUUAGGGUCCCGUUGGGCGUUAGUACGUUCCCGUAUGAUGCAUUUCCGGUACCAAAGGCGGGGGCGGAGACGACCACAACGAAUCUGAAGUUCUUUAGAGAAAGAGAUCGUGGUGGGCAUUUCGCCUGUAUGGAGAUGCAUGAGGAGAUGGUCAUCGAUAUGCGCGAGUUCUUUGGCGAAUUCUACGAAGCUUAG